CUCUCAUGGUCCAGUGAGUUGAUGGUGAAGGAAAUCAAGAGGAAGGAGGCCGAAGUGGAAUCCCGUGGGUGCAAGUCUGUGGCGUGCGGAGCAUUUUAAGCGACCGGCUACCCACUUUCAACUUUGCACAGCUGAUUGGAGCACGGUUGGCGGUGAGUUGAGACCAGCGUGAGAAGAAAAGGAGCUUUGGUUCUUGAGUCCAGUUCUCCGCAGGCGAAUCACGGGGAGAUGGAAUGGUGGCGGAGGAUGGUAAAGAAGAACACCGUAUCCGUGGCAGAUACAGAGAAACCGAAGCAAGAAGGAGAUGGAAUGCUACAACUUCAUGAUGCCAUUCAAACAUGUGAAUAUAAUGAUAUAUUGGUGAUGUGGGAGAUGUUGCAAAAUCCACAUACAGAAUUAAUGCAAGAUGCAAAGCCAAAAUCAACAGAUUGCAAGAUUGUUGUGGCCUCAUCACAUCAUUAGAUGAAUCAUACAUAUGCAAAACCCUAGUAAGACAUAUAAAAUGUUGAAUUAUGUCCCAUUAUUCCCCAUUGCAUGCACAUGUGAGAAUCAUGUUCAUGUCAUGAUGGAUGCAUGGUCACAUGCAUGAGAGAGUGACCAAUAAAUAUUAGAUAUGAGAUAAAUGGAGUACUAUAGGUUACUUACUACUUCUUUAGAAGAUGAAUGGGUUGGCUUUUUGGUUCCAACCUUUAUUAUAAGAAAUGAUAUGGAAAGGUUAUAAAUAUUGUACUCCAAAUGUAUAAUUAUAAUAAAUUAGCCUACUAUUCUUGUAAAGAUGCAUAGAAGCUAGAUGAAUAUGGUGUUGAGUUUAGAGACUAGAAAUAUAUAA